UUGAUCAACAACUAUACUACACGCGGCCGCGAUCCGCGAGCCGCCGACAUAUUUAACCGCCGCCCCGCUCUGGCGCUCUCGCCUCGUCGUCGUCCCCUCCUCUCCCCGGCUCGCGGCUUCUUGGUUCUUGCCCAUCCCAUCCCCUCUCUCGCCUUGCUGCCCAAACCCAACAAUCUCCCUAAGAAACGGCCGGAAGUCUCCUCCGUUUCUCCUCGUCCACUGCGACCGUCGCCGGCGACGAGCAUGGCGUACAUGGCAGCUGUCGCGCCCGUGCCCUGGUGGCCGCCUCCACCGGAGCUGGCGCCUGUGGGCUUCCCCGACGCGUCCUCUCCCGCCGGCUAUCCAAAGCCCCAAACCCUACCCUUCUUGCUAGCGCCGACCCCUCCGCCACCGCCGCCGCCGCCGCCGCUGCCUGCGGGGUACCCUCUUCUUCCUCCCCCAGCCCCGAUCAUCAUCCAGCUCCAGCCCGACCCCAGCUUCGUCGCGGAGGUGGAUCAGCGUCGCAGCAGUUCCCUUGUGCAGUUCUUGAAGGAUGAGGGGGCCGUUCCGUCGCCGGAGGAUGAAAAGAAGAGGGAGAAGGUGAUCCGAGAGCUCAAGAAGAUAGUGAUGCAUUGGGCCAACGCGGUGGCCUAUGAGCAGAGUGUGCCCCAGGGGCUGGCCACUGCUACGGUCUUGACAUACGGCUCUUACACCUUAGGGGCUCAUGGACCUGAAUCUGACAUCGAUGUACUUUGCGUUGGACCUUGUAUUGCAACACUGCAGUACCAUUUCUUUGUUGUUUUGAGACAACUUCUUGAGGGCAGACCUGAAGUAUCAGAACUGCAAACUAUUGAGAAGGCUAAGGUUCCCUUGAUGCGAUUUAGAUUUACUGGAAUUGCAGUUGAUUUCACAUAUGCCCAGCUCCCUGUUAUUGAUGCAUUAAAGGCCAUAAAUACAUUUAGCACUCAACUACUACAGAAAAUAGACACACGGAGCUGGAGGAGUUUAUCUGGAGUUCGUGUCAAUGAACAAAUUGUUCAGCUAGUACCAAAUGCGGAGAAGUUUCAAGCUCUGUUGCGAUGCAUCAAACUGUGGGCUAGGAAAAGAGGACUUCAUUGUCAUUAUCUUGGCUUCUUUGCUGGGAUUCAUUUAGCGAUCCUUGCGGCUUAUGUCUGUCGGAAAUUUCCAGAUGCCAGUGUCAAUGGUUUGUUCGCAGUGUUCUUUCAGACUUUUGCUCACUGGCCUUGGCAAGUUCCAGUAAGUCUACAUGAUGAGCCAACUACCUCCUUGCAUUCAGAGGGGCUUCUCAUGCCCAUAGUGAUGCCUUGUACCCCGCCAGAGUUUUGUGUGUCCAAUGUGACAAGAGGCAGCUUCAAAAAAAUAAGAGAGGAACUUACACGUGGUUAUGCUUUGACAAGGGAUUCAUUGAGACAUGAUUUCCAGUGGACCUGGCUUUUUGAACCCUUUCCAUAUGAUAAAAAAUAUCAACAGUUUCUUCGCAUUGCUUUAUGUGCGCCAACAUUUGCCGAGCUACGAGACUGGGCUGGAUGGGUGAAAUCUCGAUUCCGUCUCCUGAUUCUAAAGCUGGAAAGAGCUGGCAUUGAGUGUGAUCCAUGCCCCUCGGAGGAAGUUGAUCAUACAGACAAUGACCCUAACGUAGUCUUCUACUGGGGCCUCAUCCCUGAAAGAAUCAUUCAGGUUGACACUAGCUCCCUGAAAGAAGAUUUCAUGGAAAGCAUCACCAAUGAUGUCUAUGGCACGGUGAAGUGCACGCAUUCAGAUGUGACAAUAUCUGUGGUUGGGCUGCCACAGUUGCCAAAGAGUAUGCGCAGCCAUGUUCACUGGCAGUACAUGCAGCGUUGUAUGAUGGCCUACGAGGGCACAGAUGAAGGCCAGAGCGCAGGUUGGCUAGGACUUGGUUAGAUCGUAACCAGGACUGAGAGGGACAUGUUCCCAUUUUCCACGGCAACCGUGUACAGAGUUGAUGAGGUUUUUUUUUCUUCCCCUAGCACAGGGAUCCAAGAUCAUGGGCUGGGUAUUCUUUUGAGCUGAGGGGGGAUGCAUGAGUGCUUGUGUGCUCAUGAACAUCGGAUCACUGACCAGUAAAAGAUCAAAGAGUAGGUGUAUAGCAUUGGCAUGUAAAAAAACUUAGGUCUGUCGGCGCAAGUGUACAUUUCUUCUGUGUUCUAACUGUUGCUGGAUCCUGAUUCAUUGAAAUUUUGCAAUGGCUAAGAUGUGUAUAUAUAAUUCUGGGUA